AGCGUGGGCUGGUUGAACAAAAAUGGCAACAUAUGGUGAGGAGCCAGUCGACAGCUACUUCUACUCGUCUUACAACCCUUACCUGGGCAGGUACUCCAGGCCCAGAGACACGGGGUGGAAAUAUAAAAGUUACUUCUCUCAAUAUCGAGACACUUCUGACGCCUUCAACAAUCACCAGCGCGCGCAACUCAAGUCCAUCUUGUCUCAAAUCAAUCCUAAACUCACCCCGAGGCUUCGGAAGGCAAACACCAAAGAUGUGGCAGUGCAGGUCAAUCCGAAGAAGGACGCCUCGGUGCAGUGCUCCAUCGGCCCGCGGACCCUCCAGGCCAUGAAGCGGGACUUCCAGCGAAAGAGGAGGCCGGAGCCUGCGACGCCAAUCGGUGGCGACAGCCCCAAGGCGGGAGGCGCGGUGCGCUACCCUCGGACGCUUGCUGUGUAUUCACCUAUAGCAUACAGAAGCGUUACCUACUUCUUGGUUGACGACAACAACAACAAAGAGGCGUCUUCUGAGGCGGCGCAGACCGCACAAACGCCCGGUGACCCGGCUGAGUCCGCGGGGGACACCGACGGGAAGGAGGAGGAAGACCAUCUGAGUGGCGAGGACGGAAAUGUGGCGAAGGGCCGUGAAAAUGACAAAAAGCAGAAGUCCAAGCCGCAGGUGAAGCGUGAAGGAGCGCAGCCUGCGGAGGAGUCAAAGAGCAAGGGGCGCGUGCGCUUUCAGUUUCUGGAACAGAAAUACGGAUAUUAUCACUGCAGAGACUGCAAUCUACGAUGGGAGAGUGCCUAUGUAUGGUGCGUUCAGGGCACCAACAAGGUUUACUUCAAACAGUUCUGUAGGAAAUGCCAAAAGGACUUCAACCCAUACCGUGUUGAGGACAUCACAUGCCACACUUGCAACAAAGCCCGCUGCUGCUGUGCCCUAACACAAAGGCACGUUGAUCCCAAACGACCCCACAGACAGGACUUGUGUGGAAGGUGCAAAGGCAAGCGGCUCUCCUGUGACAGCACAUUCAGCUUCAAAUACAUAAUCUAAUAAAAAAAAAACGCAUCUGUAAACGCAUCUGCACAAGUUCUUGCAAUAUCUUCAGCCCAGUCUAACAGCAGGUGUAACAGCAAUCUUGAAUGGAAAGAAGAUUAAGAUUUUUUUUUUUUCUUUCUAAUAUUUUUGUGUUGAAUCUGUGUACAUGC